AUGGCUUUGGUAGGAGACUUGGAGUUCUUCUCGCAGGAAUUCGGAUGGCCUACUGCGAACAGCAAUAAUUUGUGUCCUUACUGCAAGUGUGACAACCUUUUCAAAGAUGCAGAUGCUGUCGCCCCGUUCAAUGACUUCAGAGCAAGUGCUGAGUGGAGAAAGCAACCCAGAGAUCCAAGAGAAAAUGAUCACCCUUUGUUUAAAGUUCCAGGGAUCAAUUUUUGGUCCCCGAAACUUGAUGUGUUGCACAUGCUAGACCUUGGAGUCAGUUCGCAUUUGUAUGGAAACUUGAUCAACGACAUCUUGGAGGACCACCUACCUGGGAGCUUCGCUGCAUCCAUUGGAGCUUUGAACUCAAGAAUCCAGGAGCUGUACGAGAGUCAGUCGACCCCAGCUGCUGCCAGAAUCCCGAAGUUGAGCAAAGGGAACAUUCAAAGUCAGACUGGGUACCCGUGCUUGAGCCAUGUGAAAGGGCGACGAAUACGAGAGUUCUCGAGUGUGGCUGUGGGGUUGGCAGACUUGUACAAGGAUACAGUGGCAGGAAAGCAUCGUCUUGAAGCAGUGAAGGCCAUGGACGAGAUUUACGAGCUGUGUGACUGCCAGAAGUAUCGCUUUGACAGAAAGGAGCACAGAAGCAUGGAGAAGGCGAUUGACAGAUUGCUCCUGCACUACACUUUCUUGAGCAGAGAUGCUUUCAACAGAGGAAAGAAGAGGUACAGUGUCACCCAGAAGUUCCACUUGAUGGCACAUUUUCAUGUUCAGUGUAAAUGGAUGGCACCCAGACUUGCUUGGACCUAUGGCCCUGAGAGUUUCAUGUCGGUGUGCAAGAAAAUCGCUGCUUCAUGUGAUAGAGGAACGCCGAGCUACCAGAUUCCACUGAAGAUUUGUGGAAAAUUCGCCUUAGCUUACGAGCUCCUGCUGCGAGGAUGGCUGAAUCUGGAUGAAGAUGAGGAGUGA